AUGUUCAAACCUGUUACCCAUGUUCUUUUUGAUAUGGAUGGGCUUAUUUUGAAUACUGAACAUCUAUAUACAGUAGCAUUUCAAAAUAUUGUAUCUCGUUAUGGAAAAACUUACACAUUUGAAUUAAAAAUGAAGCUAAUGGGUUCACAAUCCCACGAAUUAGCGAAAAUCAUCACAGAAGAACUCGAAUUACCCCUGACGCCUGACGAAUUUUUAGUUGAAAGUAGAAAACAAUUUCAAGAAUUAUUUCCAGACACAGAACUAAUGCCAGGUGCUGAACGACUGAUUAGACAUCUGGACAAUAAAGGCAUACCUAUUGGGCUAGCGACAAGCUCCAGUAAGGAAAGUUAUCAUCUUAAAGUAGAUAAACAUCAUCAGGAGUUAUUUUCUCUGUUCCCAUACAAAACAUUUGGUUCUUCGGAUCCAGAUGUUGCAAGAGGAAAACCUUACCCUGAUAUAUUUCUGGUUGCCGCUUCCAAAUUUCCCGAAAAUCCAAAAGUAGAACAGUGCCUUGUAUUUGAGGAUUCAGUAAACGGAGUUAGGGCAGGAUUGGCUGCAGGGAUGCAAGUUGUUAUGGUGCCAGACCCAAGAGUCGACAAAACUCUCACCGAAGAAGCAACAUUGGUUAUAGGAAGUCUUGAAGAAUUUAAACCAGAAUUAUUUGGACUACCACCAUUUGAAGAUUAA